UCAAAUUUUAUUUAUUUGUAUAUUCUUAAGUAAAUUUAAAGUAUUACAGCCUUUCGACCGUAAUUAUUUUCAAAUUUGAGAAAGGGUAAUAUUAAAAGAACAUGGCGGCCUCCAUGAAUGAGAGCGUUAGAAAACGAACUCGAGUUGUCGGCUGGCUGGACCAAGAAGAAUGGCAGUAUGUGUAUGAUAAUUUUUACAGUGACGAUUAUGAGCUUCAGAAAAGUGCUUUAGAUAGAUAUGCUGCCUGGAAAAGUCGAGUGACCACAAAAAUACCGCUGUCAAUAGCGUGUACAGCUGGUUUAGUGGAGGCAGGUAUAUUGGAAAAGCAAGGUGCAAAUAAAGAAUGUAUUCGACUGGCUUAUGCAAUGGCUUUAAUAAGAUUUGUAAACAUGACAACAGAUCGUUAUCAGAACAAAUUCUUUGCUCAGCCAGUUCAUGUAAUUGCUAAGGAGAUCGGUGUUCCAGUUUGGCUCGUGAACCUGCGCCACGAUGCAACACAUUCUGAACUACCCUCAUUGAGCAUUCUCAAAACAGGUGUAGAGUUUGCGCUGUCAUGGCUGCAAACAGAUUAUUGGGAGAAAAAUGAAGACACAGAUUCUGAGUCUGAAAUGGAUCCAAGAGCACAACUUCGUCAGCUUUUGAUUAGGUACCAACAAGAGCAGUAUAUGAUUUUGCAAAUGGGAUGGAGCCAAUCAAAUGAUGCUUUAGUGGAAGUACUUGCUGAUAUUUCUGAAAUUAUUGAGAAUGAGAAAGCAAUACAUGUGUUUGAUAUAUUGCUUCAAGAUGGCUUCCUUGUACCUACAGAACAGCAAUUGCAGUCCCUCGCAAUUGAAACUAAUAUCAAUACAAAGGCUGCUGAAUUACCACAAAUUCCAGAAAAAUUUGUAAAUCUCUGGCAACCUUUACUGCAACAACUAUGCCAGAUGAAGAUACUCCAUAGCAUCUUAGAACCACUGUGCAAAGAAUUAUGCAAAUAUAAAACUCCCAUGAUGCAAUCGGGUGCAUAUCUCUUAGGUUGGAUGCGGUUAUUCCUUGAAGUGGCCGAUAAGAACCUAUGUGGUAUUGACUGCAGUCAGCAAAGCUUGACUAUAGCACCAACAGAAGUUGAUUGGCAUCACUUGUUUAACUUGUGUGUUGAAAGUCCUAAUCCUUAUACAUGUCAAAUUGUACAAAGACUUGUAGAUUAUUUGAAGCCACCACUGACCCCAGAGGUGAAAGCAAAUGUUACUGACCUCACAGUCAUCUAUCUAAAUCAGUUUAACUUACAUGGGGAAAAUGAAGAUGAAAUGACAAACAAUAAAGGAAAGACUGACAAAGAGGUGGAGACACCACAAGUGUUCCAUGAACCAUGGCAACCAUUCUCUAUUGAUAAAAUUGACUCAAAAUACUUGCAAUCAAGUGCAUCGGACAGAAACAAAGUUCAGACUAAAGACGAUGAGGUACUAAGGAGCUGCGAUAAACACUGCGAGGCAUGGCAGCGUAGCAAAGCUGAUAUACAAUGGAGUCAGUAUCCAUUAGGGAGGCUGCCAGGGCAAUUGUCUCACCCAGAAUAUUUGCUCUUGAAGCCAAAGUCAGGAAAACUUAACAAUGAAGAUGCAAAUGGAAAUAACAUGUAUGUCAUUUGUUUUAAAUUAUAAAUAGUAAAUUAAAUUAAUGAUUCAUUGAUUCUUUGAUUGAUUAAUUGAUUAAUAUAUUGGUUAAAUAUUUUUAUGUGGUUUCCAAUAUGCAACUGAUUACUUUAAAACCACAAAUUGAAGCCCAGUGGGCUUAAUUCUUUAACUGAAGCCCAUCUCAAAUUGAAGCCCCCUCUUUUAUUUCCAAAAUUAGCCUCGAAAAGAAGCCCAUCUCAAAAAACA